AGUAGCCCCUCCUGUUCCUCUGAUGACAAGCGCUGAACGCCGGAAGUACCGAACUUUGAGCCGGAACUGUGGGAGCGACGUGGUUGGAGAGCCGCGAGGGAUACUCGGAAGCUAACAAAAAUGGCGAAAAGCUUAAGGAGCAAAUGGAAAAGAAAGAUGCGAGCAGAGAAGAGAAAGAAGAAUGCUCCCAAGGAACUUGCCAGAUUGCAGAGCAUCCUGAAAACAAACAGCGAUGUUCUGAUGGAUGAAGUGAAAGACAUAGCAACUAUUGUUUCAGCUGAGAAAAUUAAAGAGAAAAAGGAUCUUAAUGAAGAAAGCAAGAUGGACACGGAUACCAAAAGAAAUCAGAAAACUCUUCUAGAUCAACAUGGGCAGUAUCCAGUAUGGAUGAAUCCCAGACAGAGGAAGAAGCUUAAGACGAAGCGUACCAAAGGAAAAAACAAGCCCAAAGUAUCAAAAGGAUUAGCAUGGUAGAGACUGCUUAAAUUUCAAUAAUGUCUUAAAAAGGACUUUGUAUAAAAAAGUAAGAUAGCCCUUUCAAUAAAGUCACAUGCCCAAUGCAGAGUCACA